GGAGGGGAGGAGGGGAGGGAGAGGAAGAAGGAGAAUAUUUUAGAUCUCGGGCGGUAUAUGGAUAAGGAGAUUCGGGUGAAGUUUAAUGGGGGCAGGGAAGUCAUCGGCCUCCUCAAAGGCUUUGACCAGCUCAUGAACCUCGUCCUCGACGAAGUCAAAGAGACCGUCCGCGACGAAGAAGGCAACGAAUCCACCCGCCCACUCGGCCUGGUCGUCGCAAGAGGGACGUUGCUAACCGCCAUCUCGCCGCUCGAUGGGAGUCAGGAGAUUCAGAAUCCUUUUUUGAACGCGGAGGAGGAGUGAGGGAGACGGGUGAUGGGGUUAUGUCGCCUGGAUUGCGCUUGGGGAUGUGAGAUGGGUGCGAAGCGCUUGAUUCUACGAUCGGAUCAUGGAAUGGAUGAGGUUGUUGGGUUAUGAAAAGGAUGGAGGCUCAGUUUUCCGAUGCGCAGAAAGCAGAAGCGCAAACCUGUUCGGAAGCGAAGCUCAGGAAUUCGGCGCAGCUUGCUUGACGAGAAUGGACGCGGCGACGGUCAAGAGAUACGGUCAUCCUCUUGGACGAGACGAUUAUUCCCAAGUACGAAGCUCCUCAUCUCAUAGCUUCAUGAUGGCACUCCAAGCUGCCGAAUAAGAAGGGUGAGCUUAUGAAUAGGAAUGUCCGUAUAAUUCAUGGGCUUAUAAUCAUAUAUGGCAUUAAGACCAGAACAAUAUCAUACAACCGUGGUUCUCUCGCACUCGAAACUCGCAUCCGAAACAC